AUGAAAUACUUAGUACUGCUCGCUCUCACUGAAUGUGCCUUAGGAAUCGACAUCAUCGGCCGAACACAAUCAGCUGCGAAAUUUAGAAAAGUCAUCAAUAAAAGACAAAAAUAUGGCUUAUGGCAAAAUGAAGGUGGACGAUGUUUAGACAGUUUGCUUCCUGGUGUAGUGGAUACUGAUGACCUGAUGGCAUCGGGAAAGACGGACUCCAAUGGAGAGUACACGUUGUCGGGUAGCACCAAGGAGAUCAGCGGCAUUGAGCCCUACAUUGCCAUUUACCACGAUUGUAAUGAUGGCAUCAAGCCCUGCCAACGCACGUUUCGAGUGGGAAUUCCCUCAAAGUACGUGACAGUUGGAAGUAAGCCGAAACUCACCUACGACGCCGGACAACUGGAACUAGCCGGCAAAUACCCGAAGGAGGGCAGAAGAAUGCGCUGUUUUCUCGUACUUGUGAUAUUGGGCUAUGUAGCUGCACUUGAAAUGUUUGGAAGGGACCAAUCGGCUUCGGUAAAAGGCCAGUUGAUGUGCGACGGUAGACCGGCGGUCGGAGUCAAAGUGAAAUUGUGGGAUGUGGACAGAACUGACAUGGACGAUUUGAUGGACGAGAAGUAUACAGAUACAAAUGGACAAUUCUUCUUAUCCGGUUGGACAAAGGAGUACACCACCAUUGACCCGAAGCUGAGCAUCUAUCACGACUGUAACGACGGUAUCAAGCCGUGUUCUCGAAAAUUCUCCAUUCUCAUUCCUGACAGCUAUGUGAGUCAUGGAAGAGUAUCGAAGAAGACCUAUGAUGCCGGAACGAUUCAGUUGGCAGGUUCGUUCCCCGGUGAAAGCAGAGACUGCCUAAAUUAG